AUUUACUUUUAUUCACAAUUCACAACACAACAGAACAGUGACAGAGUGAAAGAAGAAAAAGAGCAUCAAACCACCAUGGUCGACGAAAACAAACCUUUACUCGGCGAAAUCGAGGAGGAAAUCACCGAACUUUCCGCCACCGCCACAGCCACAGCCACCAACACCGCUAGACACGUCCGCACAAAGGUACCAGAAGUCGAGAUCCAUUUAUUCCGGCAAGGAAGAGGACCAGUUGUUGUGUUCAAAUCAGCAUUAGGAGGUUGGGAACAAGAUCAACUAGAAGUCGGUGAUAUCCUCGAAAAACAUGGACUCAAGUCUGUCUUCGCUUUCAAUCAUCAAUCACGUGUUCGUGGUGUUCCUGUUAGGUUUAACCCUAAAAAUGGAAGAUCAAUUUUGACUUAUAGAGAUGGUGCUGUUGUUUAUCUUGAUGGUGAACCUAAGGACUCACUAGUUAAACCAAUUACCAGGAUAUUGGUUGGGGUUGCACUAAUAACCCUCAUGAUAGUAAUAGUUUCGAAGGAUACACCCGAAUGGAUGAAGAAAUUAAACUUCUCUUCUGCGAACUUCUCUCCGUGGAUCUUGGCUUGUGUAGUUAUUGUCUUCACCCGCUUGAGAAAGAGAACGAAAGAUUUUCUAACAAAGCGCGGUUGGUGAAUUGACUUGUGCUGAUGCUUUUGUAGUAGGCUUUAAUGCUUUUCUCUACACAUUUUCAAGUUUUGUUUAAAUUGAAAUAUUUUUGGUGAUUAGUUAUAUAAUCAUAAAUGGUAUAGGUUAAUAAUAGAUGAUGUUACAUUACAUUUGAUAAUCCUGUUUGAUACAAGCUCUUGUUUAAAGAGUUAAAGGAUUCUUUGUAUCUGCAUAUUAUUUCUCUUUCA